GUGGUGGUGGUGCGGUCGUCGUCAUGGCCGAGGCAGAGGCGCUGAGGCAGCAAGCGGACAUGGUGCGGCGCCUGAAGCAGGAGAAGGCCAGCCCGGAGGAGAUCGCAGAGCAAGUGGCAAAGUUGCUGGAGUUGAAGGCAGCAAUAUGCCCUGAGGAAGGAAAGCAGAAGUUUGUUCUCAAGACACCAAAGGGAACUAGGGACUACAAUCCCAAGCAGAUGGCCAUCCGAGAGAACGUCUUCAGUACCAUUAUUAAUUGCUUCAAACGCCAUGGAGCUGAGACAAUAGAUACUCCGGUAUUUGAACUAAAGGAAACAUUGACAGGAAAGUAUGGAGAAGACUCCAAACUCAUCUAUGACCUGAAAGAUCAGGGGGGAGAGCUCCUGUCUCUUCGCUAUGACUUGACCGUGCCAUUUGCCCGUUAUUUGGCUAUGAACAAAAUCACCAAUAUUAAGCGUUACCAUAUUGCUAAAGUCUACAGGCGGGACAAUCCAGCCAUGACAAAGGGGCGCUACAGGGAGUUCUACCAAUGUGAUUUUGACAUUGCUGGCCAGUAUGAUGCCAUGAUUCCUGAUGCAGAGUGCCUGAAGAUUGUGCAUGAGAUCCUGAGUGCCCUACAAAUAGAAGACUUUCUCAUCAAGGUUAAUGACCGACGUAUCCUUGAUGGGAUGUUUGCAGUUUGUGGUGUCCCGGAUUGCAAAUUCCGGACUAUUUGCUCCACUGUGGAUAAGUUAGACAAGAUGACUUGGGAGGAUGUGAAAAGCGAGAUGAUUGGGGAGAAGGGGCUCUCCACAGAGAUUGCGGAUCAUAUUGGUGAAUAUGUAAGGCUCCAUGGUGGGUUGAGUCUAAUCGAGAAGUUGCUCCAGGAUCCAAAACUGUCCCAGAACAAGCUGGCUAGGGAAGGCCUUGGGGAAAUGAAGCAGCUUUUUGAGUACCUGGCCCUUUUUGGCAUUUCUGAUCAGAUAUCCUUUGACUUGAGCCUGGCUCGUGGCCUGGAUUAUUAUACUGGGGUAAUAUAUGAGGCUGUCCUUCUCCAGCAGCAAAAUGACCAUAUGGAGGAAUCUAUUAGUGUGGGCAGUGUGGCUGGAGGUGGCCGCUACGAUGGACUAGUAGGGAUGUUUGACCCUAAAGGGCGGAAGGUGCCUUGUGUGGGAGUCAGCAUUGGCAUUGAGCGGAUCUUUUCCAUCAUGGAACAAAAAGUAGCGGCUUCUGAGGAGAAAAUCCGGACAACAGAGACCCAGGUCCUUGUGGCAUCUGCCCAGAAGAAACUCCUUGAAGAGAGGCUAAAACUUGUGUCUGAACUCUGGGAUUCAGGAAUCAAGGCAGAGAUGCUUUAUAAGAAGAAUCCCAAGUUACUGAACCAGUUGCAGUGCUGUGAGGAAAUGGGAAUCCCUCUUGUCGCCAUCCUGGGAGAGCAAGAGUUAAAGGAUGGAGUGGUCAAACUGCGAGAUGUAGCUACUAGAGAAGAGAUGGAUAUUUGCAGAGGAAAACUUGUUGAGGAAAUCAAGAGACGAACAUGUCUUCCCUAGAUAUAUUUACUGAAUUCCCUUUUGAAGAUUUGCUAAGUCCUUCAUAAAAAUGUCCUACUGGUUUUGCUCAUAAAACACCCUCCAGUGGGAGGAGGUUGGCCUCAAAGCUGUAUUUAUUUUACUGUAGAAUUUCCUUACACCAGGUUUGAGCAGUGCUGGAACAUUAUCUUUUUCUAAAAAAAAGUUACCCCAGCAAAAGUAUUUUGAGAGAUUCCUAGAGGACACCAUCGGGUCUGUGAGCAUUUCAGUGAUCAUGCUGUGGUUCAUAGUGGCAAUGCUGGGCAGAUGUUUCGAACGCUCUGGCCCAUGCACUCUUCAUUCUAACCGAAUUACCAUUUUGAAAAUAUUAUUCGGCAGUCCUAAUAAAUUUAUUCCAACCCCA